UUCUAUGUUUUGUCUUUCAGACGUGCAACACGUUGUUAUUCCGUUUAACACUAGUCUGCAUACUCGGACUACUAGAAUGCGAAAUACAAGAGCUAUCAAAUACUCAGCCUGGUUUAUUACAGCACUGAGUCUCUCGCUUCUCUUCAGUACAAAAUGGGAAUUAAUGUUAACGACACAUAAGCCCCCACGCCCAAGGGUUUACAGACCGGCUGAUCAGACUUCGAUACCUCAAACCGAAAAAUUAGAAUCGCCAAUUGAAAACAUAACAAAAGUAGGAUCUGAUAAAAUGACAAUACCGACACUUGCAUCCAUAAAGGAAGCGCGUCUAAAAUCAUCAAAUAGGCAGAUGCCUAAAGUUUCGAAACCAAAAGAAACAAUGGGAUUGAUUAAUACAAGUGAAACUACGAUAAUUCUGAAAAACACUGGCUUGAUAAAAGUUGGUGACACUUUUAGUGUGAUCAUCGAGACCCGCGAUAGUAACGACCGACACCGUUUAAAAGGAGGCGAUUUUUGGAUGGCAAAUAUCAGAAGUCGCCAAGCCAAUGCGGCAGGAAAGGUAAUUGACUUCAAAAAUGGAACUUACGAAGUAGUAUUCUUUGCUGCAUGGGCUGGCAAUGUCAGUAUUGAAAUCAUCCUUGUUCACCCUUCUGAAACUACAGACUUUAUUGAAAACUCAGUUUGGCCUAUGAAAGAUAGAGCUCUGUGGAAGGGAAGUUUUGUUUCCGGUAACACCAGCAAUGGUAGAACCGCUUGCAGAUUUAGAAUUAAAGGUGAAGAAGACCUACAAGACAAAUGCGAAUGGAGUCAUCCGCUGGCCAUCGGUAAAACUGUAUUUGUUUGUGAUAAACCGAAAACAUUGGGAUGCGACACACUUUUCCACCUCAAGUCGUCCUCCCAUCAUGCCUUCCCCAAUUUUGACUUGUUAAACAACUAUACAGGUAUCUUCAGCAGGUUUGAUAAUCACUACGGGUCCACACUACUGAAACUUAUGAGAGUUGGAAACAGCAAUUAUACAAAACAUGUGACUCCCAAGCAUACUACUCAUCACAGUGAUAUUUUGGCCUUCGAUUUCUAUUUUCAUCCGUAUAGCAUGGGCUCCCUUGGGUACCAUUACCGGGUUGGUAAGUGGGAGUAUGAAGUCCUGGACAACCUCAAUUUCAGUGCGUGCAAUUACGUUGUCAUGGUCAGUCCAUGGGCACAUUACUCGCAGUGGGUUAAGGAAAGUACCUGGGAACGAAUGCGUCUGUUGCGGGAAACACUCAUACGAUUCAUGAAACGUUGUCCCAAGGCACAGGUUAUGGUGAAAACGCCACGCCCAAGGUACCAUCAGAAGGGGGGAGAUAAUAUUUAUACCGGGGAAAAAAUGCUGCAUGAUAUAUUUGAACUAUACCAUGAAUUAUUUUCUGAUUUGGGCAUACAUAUCCUUGACAUAUGGGAUAUGAACGUUUCCCAUCCAGCACCAAACGUUAUACAUAUGCCGAUGCCAAUAAUUUAUCAAUAAUUAUUCAUGAUGUUUUCUCAUAUUUGUCCAAAGGGUCCACCUCAAAAUAAUGCCAACAAGUAAUUGAUAUUCUUUCCACAACAUCUGCCAACUGAACCCUCUAUUUGCAAAGCUUUUAUAUUGGCGAUUUAAUGCAGAUAGGCCUUAAUCACUG